AUACGCUCUAUAAAAGUUUCUUUUGAAGACAGCUUUUUUACCGAAUCUUUUUCAAUCUCAAAAUAAUGGAGCAAAAUUCCCAGCCUAAAUGGGAUGCCAAGGUUUCUGCAAGGUUAACAAGAGCUUCUGCAGACCAAGUUUGGGCCGUUUAUACAGAUUUUUUUAACUUUCACAAAUGGUUUCCCGGUCUACCCUCAUGCCAUGGCAUCCAUGGCACCAACGGUGAGCUUGGUUGCAUCAGGUUGUGCUCUGGUUUCUCGAUCUCAUCCGAUGGCGGUGGCCAUGACAGGGGCUCCGAAAAGUGGGCCAAGGAGAGAUUAAUAGCCAUUGAUCAUAUCGGGCGUAGUUUAAGCUAUCAGAUGGUGGACAGCAAUAUUGGGUUCAAUUCAUAUGUUGCAACGGUCAAGAUUGUUCCUGGAGGUGAUGAUGGUCAUGAUCAUCAAGAUGGAUGUGUGAUCGAGUGGUCCUUCACCGUUGAUCCUGUGGAAGGGUGGCAAUUGGAUGACAUGAAGAAAAAAUAUGAGGUGGGUCUCCAGGGCCUGGCUAAGAGAAUUGAGGAUGCAAUCUUUGAAGUUUAGAGCAGCCAAGUUAAGAAACAUAGGUCUCUUUUGCUUAUUUCUUCUAAAUUAGUGUUUAUGUUUACCCACAAGCUAAUCUUUGUGUGGUUUCCAUGUGCUCAGCCUUGUAUGUCGGUUUUUCUAAUGUUGUUUAACCCUUGAAUAUUAAUUAGUUUCUUUCAUUGGCCCAAAAAAAAAAAAAAAAACCUUUUAAAUAUAAUUCAAAGAAUGAUAAUGUAAGCUAUUCUAGAUGGUGGCAAUGUCACUGAUAACGUGUCAAUUUUCUCUUCUUUGAUCUUCAUUCCCAAUGUCAAAUCUACCGCUCCUUUAAUUGCUGCUACUUAGGCUUUUAUGUGCAUUAAAAUAAAAUAACUAAAUUCUUCAAAGUAAAAUUUAGAAAAA